AUGAUUCCUUCCUCCUCCUCCACCUCCGUCCUCUUCUUCCUCCUCCUCCUCACUUCCGCCACCGCCGGAGGCGCAGUAGGCAACCACAGCUUCGAAUUCGACUUCCUUGCCUUCGCCAUCCGAAAUUUCACCCUCCUCGGAGACUCCUACCUCCGCAACGGAGUCGUCGGCCUCACCCGCGACGUCACCGUCCCGACCUCGAGCGCCGGCACCGUCAUCUACAACGACCCGAUUCCCUUCUCCGACCCGGAAUCCGCUCCGCCGUCCGCCGCUUCAUUCUCCACGAGAUUCACCUUCUCCAUCGGGAACGUCAACCCGAGCUCCUUCGGCGACGGCCUCGCCUUCUUCCUGUCCCGCGACAACGAGACCCUCGGCAGCCCCGGCGGCUACCUCGGCCUGGUCAAUGCCUCCCGGUUGACCAAGAACAAGUUCGUCGCCGUCGAGUUCGACACCCGGGUCGAUUCCCACUUCGGCGACCCGAGCGAGAACCACGUCGGGUUCGACAUCGACAGCCUGAUUUCGAUCAAGACGGCGGAUCCCCUUUUACAGGGGAUCGAUUUGAAGAGCGGCGAGCAAAUCACGGCGUGGGUCGAAUACGACCACGUUGCAAAAGUCUUGGAUGUCUUCUUGAGCUUCUCGAUUUCCAAGCCGGAAAUCCCUCUCCUCUCCGUCGACGUCGACCUCUCCGACAACCUGAAAGGGAACGUUUAUGUUGGCUUCUCCGGGUCGACGGAAGGAUCCACGGAGCUCCACUCGGUUCACAGCUGGAGCUUCAACAUGACCGGAGAAGGAUCCCUGCUCAGACCCAGAUCGACGAAUCCUCCCCACAACGUCUCCGACAAUUCGAUCGUCAUCCCCUCGCCGGAGAUUCCGUCUUCCGAUUCCGGCAGCAAGAACCACAAGAAGCUCGGAUUGGGGCUGGGAAUCGCCGGCCCUUCCUUCUUCUGCGCGUGCCUCGUGAUUUUCGGGUACAUAUCCGUCAAGAAAUGGCAGAGGACGAGAGGAAGUAGUACCACUACGGGGAAAACAGAGCUGGUGGUGGCUUCCGGGCGGCCGAAGGAAUUCAAUUACAGGGAGGUGAAAUCGGCGACGAGAGGGUUCCAUUCCAGCAGAAUCAUCGGGAAGGGCGCUUUCGGAAACGUCUACAAGGCCUUCUUCGUCUCCACGGGGACAAUCGCCGCCGUCAAGAGGUCCAGACACUCCCACGAAGAAGGGAAAGAAGAGUUCCUCGCCGAGCUCACCAUCAUCGCCGGCCUCCGCCACAAGAACCUCGUCCAGCUCCUCGGAUGGUGCGUGGAAAAGGGCGAGCUCUUAUUAGUCUACGAGCUCAUGCCACACGGCAGCCUCGACAAGGCCCUCCACCACCCCCACGACGGCGGAGUGCUCUCGUGGACGCAGCGGCGAAACGUCGCCGUCGGGCUAGCCUCCGCCCUGACGUAUCUACACCAGGAGUGCGAGCAGCAGGUGAUUCACAGGGACAUCAAAUCGAGCAACGUGAUGCUGGACGCCAAUUUCAACGCCCGAUUGGGCGAUUUCGGAUUGGCGAGGCUGAUGGACCACGACAAGAGCCCUGUUUCGACGCUGACGGCGGGGACGAUGGGGUAUCUGGCGCCGGAGUACCUCCACUACGGCAAGGCGACGGAGAAGACCGAUGUGUUCAGCUACGGGGUGGUGCUGCUGGAAGUGGCUUGCGGGAGGAGGCCGAUUGAAAGGGAGCCCGAGAGCCAGGGGAUGGUGAAUUUGGUGGAUUGGGUUUGGGGAUUGUAUGGAGAAGGGAGAGUGGUGGAAGCUGCUGAUGAUCGACUGAAGGGGCAGUUUGAGACUGAAGAGAUGAAGAAGAUGCUGAUGGUUGGGUUGAGCUGUGCCAAUCCGGAUGGCGGCGAGAGGCCGACGAUGAGGAGGGUGCUUCAGAUGUUGAAUGGUGAAGUUGAAGUGAAGGUUCUGGCUAAGAGUAAGCCUACUCUCACUUUCUCUUGUGGGUUGAGCCUUUCUCUUGAGGAUAUUACCUCUGAUUGUGAAUAG